UGACAGGACUUCAGUCUGCUCUGGCUGUCCCUCUCGGCAGGACAGCGGGAGAGAGACAGAGACAGGGCUCCAACUAGCAUGGCAGCGGUGGAUUGGUCGAUGUAGUGACUGGAUUUACCCUGGAUUUUUACCGGUGGUUCAUGUGGCUUAUUCAUUUAUUUAUGUGUGGGGCUUUUUCUUGAACUUAAAUGCUGUCACUGGGCACAAUGCACUCCAGAGCAAAGUCCCGGAGCUGUGACAACUACCUGAGCAUUAAGGACUCCAAGUCUCUGGACAGCUGCAUCCAGAGCACCCUCUCGUCCCUGUACCCGCCCUUCAGCGCCACCGCCGCCACUGUGCUCUGGCAGCUGUUCAGCGUGGUCGAGAGGCAGUACCGCAGCGACGGCCUCCGCUGCCUUGUCGACUUCCUGCUUCCUGCCAAGGGGAUCCUACAGAGCAUCCAGCAGGAGACCUGCGUGAGGUUCCGAGGCCUGCUGUUCUACCAUGAGGGUUGGCCCCUCUGCAUCCACGAGAAGGUGGUUCUGCAGCUGGCCCCUCUGCACAAGGUCCGUCUGAGGCAGGGAGACUUCUACCUGCAGGUGGUUCCCCUGGGCCGCAAGGCCGCCAAACUGGUGAUAAAAUGCCUGUCGGCAAGUGGGCAGGCCAUCGCGGAAAUCCCCAUCGCAGAGAGCAUGUACGGCAGUGUCUUCACCGCUGACUUCCUGCAGAAUGUAACGCGCGACCGCAACCUUCACCCUCUGCAAAACUGCCUGCUCACCACCGGCACUGUCGUGUACAGGACCCCGUGGAAGAACGUGGUCAACCCUCUGUUUGUCAGCAGCACAGCGGACGCCGUCAUGCAGGCGCGCCACGGUUUCCGGGGCCAACUGAGCGCGUGCAGCACCAGCGGCUCCACGGGGACCCUGGACAGCCACCGUAGCUCCAGGGAGUCCCUGCUCUCCCAGGGGGCAGACUCCACCUUCUCAGAGCCCUCCACGCCCAGCAGGGCUCACUUGGACCCCAGCAGCACUAGGACCCAGCAGGACCCGGGCCUCCGCUCGAUGGAUAUCCCCAGACCGAGAGCGGCUCCAGGAGACGCACACAGCACCAAGACCCAUGGUCUAUCCGAGGGGGACCAGGUGGAGGAGGGUGGCUGCAGAGACAGAGGCGUGGGGACCCGGAAUUUGUCGUUCAGCACGGACCUCAGCAACCCGGGCCCACGCCGUCGACACCCCAGGGACUCUGUGUCUUUUGAAACCCGCAGGCUGUUCAGGAAGUCCUACAUGGAGGCCCUGCAGAACCCCAUGAACCUUGGUUCCAGCUCCGAGUCCAUCCUGGAGGAGGGGCCGGAGCCCGGUCUCUGCCCCAGGGAGAGCCCCGUCACGCCGGGCAGCAGCCCGGACACCCGCGCCUCUCCCAGGGAGCACGCAGCCCACAGGCUGGGGUCUAGGGCCUGGUUGGGCGGAGAUGACUCCCGGCCCAGCACCCCCCUCCUCUACCUUCAGAGGGGGCUGAGGAGUGCUGAGAGCAGGGCGGAGAGGCGCUCCAAGUCUCUGGAGCGGAACAACAAGGCGGCCCACGUGAAGGCUCACCGAGCACGCUCGUCUUCAGGGGGCUCAGCCAGCCUCUCUCCCAGGAAGCUGAUGAACGGCUAUGCCCUGCGUUUCGGGAAGCUGGACCUGGAGGCAGCUUUGCCCGGCGCAGAGAGGAGGAGCAGCGUUAAGGAGGAGUCAGGGAACGAGUUUAGGCUCCACAACAAUGAGCCCAGGAGACACAGCCACGAGGGCACAGGGGUCAGCCCCAGACCGGCCAACGGGCUGCCUGUUCAACUGUCCCCAGCUCCAGGGCCCACCUCAAGCUGUGACUCACACCUCCCCAAGCUGGUGACGGAGGUCAACCAGGAGCUGCUCACCUCUGGGGCUGUUGUCCUACCUGGAAACAGAGACCGCGGUGGGCGGGCACUGCUCCAGGUGUGCACCAGGGCUCGGGUGUGGACAGGUGAGAGCUGCUCGGCCGUGGACCUCACCUGUCUGCUGGGAUACUACUGUUCCACGCUCCGGAGAGAGAGGCGGGACCAGGGCCUGACAGUCCUUGUAGACUCGAGGAAGCAGCAGCCUGCUCCAGCUCUGUUCUCCGCCCUGUCUGAACUCCAGGCAUCGUUACCAAAUGCACUUUAUUCAGUUCUGUUACUGGUGGAUAAGGAGGCAGCUGUCAAGCCAGAAAGAGACAUCAAUGUGCAGACUGAGAUACUGACCUCUCUGAAGGCCCUGCUGAAACACAUAGACUCCUCUCAGCUCACACGGGAUCUGGAGGGCUCCUUCCUGUACGACCACAAUCACUGGAUACACUUCAGACAGAAAAUCGAGCCAUUUGCCAGCAGUUGCAGUGUGGCCCUUGCCUCUCUGCAAGACUCCAUCACCACGCUGAACAACAGUGGUGACCUAAAGACCUCCAAGGAGGUGUCGGAGGUGAUCGACCAGCAGAGGAGCCUGAUGAAGUGUGUGUUGGAAGACACGUGUCUGAACAGUCUGAGGCUGGAGGGAGGCACGGUGCUGGCUCGCAUCAGGAAGGAGGAAGCCUGCGACAACGCCAACUACAGGGAUGCGGUGGACAUGGUGAGCGCCCUCUACAACCAGGUAGACGAGGAGGUCCACAAGCUCGUCAUCCUGUCCAACAAGUCCUUGAAACAGCUCGAAAGCCUGCUGGAGGUCCGCAAGUUUGAGGAACAGACACAACAGAUCAAGCAGUGGUUCAGUGUGGAAGGAGAGAAGCACCUGGCUCCUCUGGACUCCCUCACUCUCUCUCUGGGCAAAAUCAAGGACAUGAGGCAGACUGUGGACCAGUUCCUGGCCGAAUCAACGCAUCAGCAGAAGCUGGGGUUGCAGAUGGUGAGGGAGUCUGCAGAGUCGCUCCCCAGCUCUGCUCUACUGGACUUCAAGCAGCAGCUGUGCUCCAUCCUGGGCCGGGUGGAGAGGAGGCGGUCCCAGCUCGACGUCCUCGCCAACCUCUACGACUUCUACGACUCGGCUAACCAGUGGAUGGAGCAUUGCCAGGACUACUUCCGCCAGCUGAGCCUGGAGAGCAGCGGGGUCAGCCUGCCCCCCGCGGUGCUCCAGAUCCUGAAGGACUACCACGCGGAGGCCUCCAAGUUCUCCCUGGACAACUUCAGCACCCUGGAUGCCAUGGUGCAGAGCCUGGACAGCCCUGGGCAGCUCAAGCACUGGAACACCCUGUGGCACAAGUGCCAGCACACCAAGCAGCAGCUGGAGGAAACCCUGGCCAAGGCCACAGCCGAGGCAGCUGAGGCCGAGGUAGCUGCAGCCUCUGUGGCCCCCCCUGCGGACACUGCCCUCUCAGAGGCGGGGGAGAGGCCGAGCUCUCACGCAGAGCAGCUUGUUGUGACAGGAAGUCCUGCCAUCCCCUCGCUGUCCACCUUCGUCAACAGCGCCGUCACGCCGGUGGAGUUUGAGGACAGGAAGCCCCACUCCGCAGGGCCCUUCCCCCAGAGCUGCUCCUUCCCCUCCUCCUCCCUGUUCCCCUUCCCCCCGGGCAGCGACGCGAAGCUGAGGCAGAGCCCGUCGCUGUUUGACGACACGGACAGUGACUGCACGAUCGACUCGUCUGUGUCCUGCCACUCGGAGCCCGUCUACUCUGGGGCCUCGUGCCACCGCAAGCAGCCACUGAAGAAGAUCAUGAAGAAGACCAUGAGCUACGAGUUGACCCCGAGGGACGGCGGUCACGCCGACCCCAGUCACCUGCAUGGCUACACGGGCGUGUACAUCAAGGGUCUGGAGGUGGCCAACAAUGUUUCGGCGGAGAAGAAGCUGCAGCGGCCUGACGUGACCAGCCCCACGCUGGGGCGAAGUCGCAGCCUCUCCUCUCCCCCCAGGGUGCACAGCAGACACUCUGACGGAGACGGCAAGAAACUGAACAGUAAGGUGCAGCACAUCAUGGAUGAGAUGAUCGCCACUGAGAGGGAGUACGUCCGCUCUCUCCGCUACAUUAUCGAGCACUACUUCCCAGAGAUGGAGCGCCUGGACCUGCCCCAAGACCUCCGGGGAAAGCGCAGCAUCAUCUUUGGCAACGUGGAGAAGCUGUGCGACUUCCACAGCCAGUAUUUCCUGAUGGAGCUGGAGGCGUGCGCCCACGUUCCCCUGUCUGUCAGCAGCUGCUUCCUGCGACACGAGGAUCAGUUUGGAAUGUAUGCUCUCUACAGCAAGAACAAGCCCCAGUCUGACUCUCUGCUCACCAGCCAUGGGAACGGAUUCUUUAAGAACAAGCAGCUGGAGCUGGGGGACAAGAUGGACCUGGCCUCCUACCUGCUCAAGCCCAUCCAGAGGAUGAGCAAGUACGCCCUGCUGCUCAAAGAUCUCAUUAAGGAGUGCGGCCAAUCACAGGAGCAGGAGCUCAGUGACCUCCGCACCGCAGAAGAGAUGGUCAAGUUCCAGCUGCGCCACGGAAACGACCUGCUUGCCAUGGACGCCAUCAGAGGCUGUGAUGUCAACCUGAAAGAGCAGGGGCAACUACGGUGUCAGGACGAGUUCAUUGUCUGGUGCGGACGGAGGAAAUACCUCCGGCAUGUCUUCUUGUUUGAAGACCUUAUCCUCUUCAGCAAAACCAAAAAGAUAGAAGGGGGCUAUGACUUCUACAUCUACAAGCAGUCCUACAAGACGGCAGAGAUAGGGAUGACGGAGAACGUGGGUGACAGCGGCCUGCGGUUUGAGAUCUGGUUCCGUCGGAGGAAGACCCAGGACACGUUCAUCCUGCAGGCCAGCUCGGGGGAGGUCAAAGCUGUGUGGACCGCCAUCAUCGGCAAGAUCCUUUGGAGACAGGCACUCAGGAACAGGGAGUUGCGCAUGCAGGAAAUGGUGUCUAUGGGGAUAGGAAGCAAGCCUUUUAUGGAUAUCAAGCCCAGCGAUGCCGCCAUUAAUGACCGAGCCAUUGAUUACAUCAUGAAGGGGUCUGAGUCUAGAACCAGGGCAUCCAUUGCAGUGUCGUCCUUUGACCACUCCACCCCCUUCAAAAGGCCUCACUCCACCAUCUCCAAUAGCAGCACCUCCUCGUCCAGCAGCCAGUCCUCCUCUUCCCUGCUGGGCUCCCUCAACCUCCACCUCUUCUCCUCCCCUGCCCACCCGCACCCCCACCCACACCCCUACCCUCUGGGCAGCGUCCCCUCCUUCAGCCACUGGCCCUACGACUGCAUUGAGGAAGACGAGCUGGAGCAGGACGCGGGGAGCCAGCCUUCCAUGAUCACGGAGAACUCAGACACGUCCUCCCAGUGUCCCUCCAGUGACAGUGUGACAGUGCUGAGCAGCAUUGCCGUGCCCGGCAACACUAGUGUCCUCAUAGAAACCUACGCCAGUGAGUCCUCGUCAUACCGAUGCUCCUCCACACCUCCUUCUGCAUGUGCCCCGAUGCCCCCUCCAGCCCUGUUCCAGAAGGAGCAAGACCUCCAUCCACAAAGCACCAAGUUCAUCACAGCACUAUGAAGCAACAGAAAGUCAAACACUUGAUGCUUCACCAGCAACAAUGGAGACUCAAGAGGCCUACCACAAACUCCCAUUAAAGUGAACCUAGAUUUGGAGCACUAACAACACACACACUCAUGUCUGAGAGAAAUUACUAUUAUAAAAAAAAGGUCUUAUGACAUUUCAUAAUGAUGUCUUGUGAAUUUGACAUUGCUAUGCAGUACAACAAAAAUUUCACAAAUGCUGGUACGUCAUGGUCUGUAUAUUUGUUUUAUUGAUUAGAAAUUCAUGUGUAUAUUGUAGAUGAGUUUUUUACAAUGCAAUUUUCAAAGACAAACUAAUUUGAAUUUGACUGGAGACAGUUGGUAUUAGCAGCCUGUUACUGCAGGCUAUAUUGUCUUGUCUGUCUUUUCUUAACAUGUUGUGCAUUUCAAGUCUGUUAUGUUUUCUGUUAUGUAAGUAAUAAACCAUAGUAUC